AUGGCUCGUCUCUCUAUCUUUCUCGCCACUCUCAUCUUGUCCUUCACACUCGCCGCACCUGUUCCAGUAGCGGAUCCAUCCGGUGGACUUGGACUUGGUGGAAAACCGACUUUCUCAUCUGGUCUCGGCAUCAAAGGAGGUCACAAACGUGACGUUGAAGUAGACCUCAGCGAAAGAGCUCCUUCUGGAGGCCUCGGACUCGGUGGAAAACCUACCUUCUCGUCUGGUCUCGGCAUUAAAGGUGGACACAAACGUGAUGAGUCCGACCUGAGCGAGAGAGACCCGUCAGGCGGUCUUGGACUAGGAGGAAAACCCACCUUCUCAUCCGGCCUUGGUAUCAAAGGCGGACACAAACGCGACACUGAGGAUUCGGACAUCAUCGAAAGAGCACCAUCUGGUGGACUUGGACUGGGCGGAAAGCCAACCUUCUCCUCUGGUCUCGGCAUCAAGGGCGGUCACAAACGUGAUGAAGAUACUGAAUCUGAGAUCGCCGAGAGAGCUCCUUCAGGUGGACUCGGACUCGGUGGAAAGCCAACUUUCUCAUCCGGCCUCGGUAUCAAAGGUGGACACAAACGCGAUGCUGAAGAAGCCGACAUCCUGGAGAGAACCCCGUCCGGUGGCCUUGGACUUGGUGGAAAAGCAACCUUUGGAUCUGGCAUUGGAAUUAAGGGUGGCCACAAACGCGAAGCCGAGGCCGUUGCACCUAUCUUCGUCUAG